AUGGCCCAAGACAAAGAUGCAAAAUCCCAAUCUCCAACGUCCAUAAUGAAUGAUCCCAAAAAAGCGAGCCUACCCGAAAAUGCACACAUCGAAGUGGCCGCUGGGAGUCUCACCACGGAAACUGGCAUCGACGACCUCCCAAUUAGUAUGUUCGUAUGGCUUGUUGCCUUUACCGCUUCGAUUGCUGGAAUGUUGUUUGGCUACGAUACUGGGAUUAUCAGUGCUGUUCUUGUCUACAUCCAUGAUGGGUUAGACAACCGCACGCUCACCAGCAACGAAAAGGAAUUGAUCACGUCCCUCUGCUCGGGUGGGGCGUUCUUCGGAUCUAUUUUGGCUGGAUUGACGGCGGAUAAGUUGGGACGCAAAGCAGCAAUCUAUUUCGGUUGCGCGUUGUUUACAAUCGGAGCUGUCCUUCAAGGCGCCGCAUACACGAUUGCUCAAAUGGCCGUGGGUCGCGUUGUAGUUGGCUUUGGUGUGGGGUCAGCUGCCAUGGUGGUGCCUUUGUAUAUCGCUGAAGUAGCACCUGCGAAGGCCCGUGGACGACUUAUUGGCUUGAAUAACAUGUCAAUCACCGGUGGUCAGGUAACCUCCUAUGCUAUCGGAGCUGCCUUUGCCAAUGUCAACCAUGGCUGGCGGUACAUGGUAGGGCUCGGGGCAUUGCCAGCCCUAAUCCUGGCCGCUCUGAUGCCUUUCUGCCCCGAGUCCCCACGCCACUUGGUAUACAACCAUCGCCAGGAGGAGGCCCGGGGCGUGCUCCGUAGAAUCUACGGGCACCCAUCCGACGUUCAGCUGGCUUCAGUUUUAGCCUCGAUAUCCGCCGCCUGUGACGAAGCUCGGGAGAUCAACGAGGGCGCGACGCGGUGGACCAAAAUGAAGCAGCUUCAUGCCGUACCCAGCAAUCUCCGGGCAUUGAUCAGCGCAUGUGGCUUGAUGGUCAUAUCACAACUCUCGGGUUUCAAUACGCUUAUGUACUACUCCUCAACACUAUUUGCAUUAGUAGGCUUCGAUAAUCCCACCGCAGUAGGGAUCGUCGUCGCUGGAACCAACUUCAUCAUGACCUGGGUCAACAUGAUGGUGAUCGACAAGAUGGGUCGUCGCCGACUGCUCUUAUCCACAGCCUGGGGUAUGUCCGUCGGUCUUAUUGCGAUAGCGGUAGCAUUCUCCUUUAUUCCAGUCGACCUAGAUACUCUCGAUUUGAAGAGCAACAGUGUCUCUCCUCCGGCGAUUGUCGUCUUGGUGUUCAUUAUCUGGUUCGUGCUUUUCUAUGGCGUCUCGGUCGGCAACACGGCAUGGAUGAGCACGGAUUUCUUCCCUCUGGAGGUCCGCGCGAUGGGCACUAUGUGGAUCACCUGCUCUAGCUGGGGAAGCAAUGUCAUUGUAUCCAGUACGUUUUUGUCCAUGAUGAAGAGUAUGACCCCGUCUGGAGCAUUUGGGUUCUAUGCGGGCAUCUGUGGUGUUGGGUACGUUUUGAUAUACUUUUUCUAUCCGGAGGUGUCUGGUUUGUCGUUGGAGGAGAUUAAGGAGGUAUUCAAACAUGGGUUUGGAGUGAGAUACGCUCGGAAUCUGCGCAAAGAGCGAAGGGAUAUUAUCCAGGAGAGGUUGAGGAUACAAGGCAAGACGGCUGUUGUGGGGCACUGA